CGAAAUUCAAUGUCAGCAUAGUGCGAUGCUGACGGUAUAUAACGUUCUGCACAAAACCUCAAUUCGUCAGUAGCUUCUUCUUCUUCCACUCCAUCUUGUACAACAGCUUCUUGAUUCGUUGACGUCGAUCAGUUGGAGGAGACAUGUCGACAGCGAUCGGCCUAACGAUAGGCAGCGGCAGCAUCGUAGCCGGAGCUGCCACGGCUGUGGCGGGAGCUGUCGGUCUAGGUUUCUUGGGCGUGGCGUCCAUAUUCCGGCGUCGCAGUAGAAGCAGAAGCAAGCACAGGCCUACCGGUGGAUACGGUCGUCGUCGCAGGCGCGCUGCGAAGAACAAGAAGAACGUCGCCAUCGGCAACAGCCUGCGCUUGAUUCGUCAGGAGGACGUUACGGGAUGCGGCCUAAAGUUCAUGUGUGAGUUGGCCAAGAGGGAUCCGACGGGGCUCACGGUGGAAGAACUCUCCGUCCUCAAUCUUGUCGGGCCGGUGGUCAGACCCGGUGAAGGCCUCCUGCCGGACAGGGCCAUAGACGACUACCGGAGAGCCAAGGCUCUUGGGCAGGGAGGAGGGAGCUGUUCCGAGGCGUACCCUCUGUGUGCCUUCAGUGGCUCCCAGCUCAUGGAGACAGUCUCAGGAUUCUUGCCAUGAAGUACUGUACAAAGGACAGCUUUGCUAUGAUAGGUCGGCCUAGAGGAAUCCACGUCAGCAGCAUCGAGAUACUCAGAAUAGAUAAUAAUCGACUCAAAUUCCUUCGCUGCGCUCAGAGAUGCUCUCAUCCCAAGAGACGCUAUGCUAGUCCGUUUGCCGAUUUGCUUCUCCUCGCUUUUUCUAACGCAGAACCCGAUGUUACCAGGACUUAAUUCCCCUAACCCCCUAUACAUGACAAAUCUGUCUGUUGAUUAACUUAUUUAUUUGUUCUCCUAUGUAUUCAAAACUCUGAAAAAUACCAACAUUCCAUUUCCUGCUGAAGCUAGUAUAGAUGCAGAGGGAAGGUGGUAUUGUAUUUUAAGUCGAAUGACGAGUAAAAACGAAAUCAAA